AUGGCUUCAACUAGUUUAAACUUCUUCGAAUCUCUCCCGACUGAACUAGUAAUUCUUAUCGUUGAAAGGGUUGCUUCCUACUCUCUAGAAGAUUUAGUUAGUGUUAAAUUUUGUUCUAUGUUCCUCAAUGAAGUUGGUAAUGAACGUUAUGUAUAUCAGAAGGUUACAUUGGCCAGCUUUCCCACUGAACCUACAUGGACGACGAAUCAACAUGUUGUGUCUUUCAUGAAUAUUUGCAUAGCAUUGGAGAAUUUAGAAGCCUUAUACAGAAACAACGUGUUUGAUUUUUUCAAUCGUAAUGAUCCAACUGCACUGAGAAUGGUUAAAAAAGCAGUAGAAGGUGGCUACGAAGGUGCAGAUUAUGUGCUUGCCGUACAAUAUUUGAAGGCGGUAUUUCCAUGA